AUGGUGGACCUUAGAACAACUAUUCUAAGCGAAAUAGUUAGCUCAAACUAUACUUGUCUGGUUUGUACCGAUCAUAUUACUCCCACAUCAAAGAUUUGGUCUUGUUCUAAUUGUUAUAGAGCAUUUGAUUUAUCAUGUAUUCAAGAUUGGGCAAAACGUGGAUCAUCAACUCAAGAUGAUCGGUCCUGGAGAUGUCCAUCUUGUAAUUAUUCUCAUUUGAAAAUCCCCAAAUUAUAUACAUGUUGGUGUGGGAAAUCUAUCAAUCCAACUUUUAACUAUUUGGAACCUCAUAGUUGUGGUAAUUUAUGUUCGAAAUCGCUAGAAACUUGCCAUCACGAUUGUACGCUUACUUGUCAUCCAGGACCUCAUAUUGAAAAAUGUACAUCUCUUGGACCAAUAAUGAAAUGUCAUUGUGGGAAAAAUUCUAGACAACUUCCUUGCAUUAAUACUCCAUAUGAUGAAGGUUGGUCUUGUGAAGAAAUUUGUAAUGAUAUUCUACCAUGCGGAAUUCAUAAAUGUCAGAAAAAAUGCCAUUCAGGAAACUGUGGUGAUUGCCACUCGAAUCUAGAAGUUUUUUGUUACUGUGGUAAAUCUCAUGAUUUAAUUAAAUGUAAUGAACGUUUACCGAAAAAGUCAAUUGUCUCUUUCAAUAAAUCAUGGAUUGGGAAUUUUCAGUGUUCUAACCCUUGUAAUAUCAAAUUGGAUUGUGGAAUACAUACAUGUGUGGAAGGGUGCCACCCAUUAAAUAAUGAUAGUCAUAAAUGUCCAAAUUCCCCUUUAAAUUUGAGUUUUUGUCCAUGUGGGAAAACGAAAAUCAAUGAUCUAUUACAACAUCCAAGAGAGAGUUGCUUGGAUCCAAUACCUACUUGUGAUAAGGUAUGCGGUAAGCGCUUACCCUGUGGUCAUAAAUGUUAUUGGAAUUGCCAUGAAGGUCCAUGUGCUCCUUGUUAUCAAGUUGUAGAUCUGGAUUGUCAAUGUGGAACUUGCCAUUAUUCCAUUGCAUGUGGAUUAAAACAGGAUGGUUAUAUCCCUACCUGUAAUACUAAGUGUGGAGCCAAAUUCAACUGUAAGCGUCAUUAUUGUGCAAAACGGUGUUGUGCAUUUAGAAAGAUUGCAUUAGAUAGAUCUAAAUUGAUUAAAAAACAACUAAGGAAUAACCUGAUUACAACAUCAGUUGUUGAAUCUCUUGAAAUUGAAAAGGAACAUACUUGUGAGAAAGUCUGUGAUCAGCCUCUAUCCUGUGGUAAACAUAGAUGUAAAGAAAUAUGUCAUCCUGGUUCAUGUCCACCAUGUUUAGAAUCUUCAUCUGAUGAUUUGGUGUGCCAUUGUGGUAAAACAGUUGUUCCUGCACCCGUUAGAUGUGGAACAACUUUACCUGUUUGUCCAUACCAAUGUAAAAGACCAACACUUUGUGGACAUAGACCAGAGCCCCACCAUUGUCAUGAAGAUAAUAUUCCAUGCUCAAAAUGUACAAUGUUGGUUACAAAAACUUGUCAAUGUGAAAAGCAAAAUAAAGUUACAAAUGUUAUGUGUUAUCAAGAAAUAGUCAGUUGUUUCAAGAUAUGUGGCAAGUUGUUACCUUGUGGCAAGCAUAAAUGUAAAAAGACUUGUCACAAGCCGGGGGAGUGUCAAAUAAAAUGUAAUGAAAAAUGUUUGAUGCCUAAAAAAUGUGGACAUUUGUGUCAACAAGUGUGUCAUCAAUCAAAACCUUGCAAUGAAAAUAUUCCAUGUAGGGAAACACUUAUGAUUUCAUGUGAUUGUGGUAGAAGGAAGCAACCAAUGCUAUGUUUCUCGGUUACUAAGAUGAUAGAAGAUAAUUCUCAAGAUGAUGAAACUUACAUUCCACACAUUGAAUGCGAUGAAAUCUGUAUUAAACAGAGGAGAAGUAAAAUGUUAUUUGAAGCCUUGGGAUUAGAUCCGGAGAAGAACAAAGAAACUGAACUAUCUUUGCAAAUGAGAAUGGUGGAAGCAUUGUACAGUCCUUUUGUACUAAACCUUUAUGCAAAACAGAAAACUUGGUGUUUAAGCAUUGAAAAUAUAUUUCAAAAACUCGUCUCAGAAACCAUCGAAACAUCUUUCCAAUCUAUGUCUAAUUCUUCAUUAAAACAAUCGUACCAUUUCAGACCAAUGAAGGAAAUUCAAAGACGAUUUAUUCACGAACUGGCAGAAACAUGGAAAUUGCUCUCGGAGUCUCAUGAUAGAGAGCCAAAAAGGUCAGUUUUUAUAAAAUUAUUGAAGUCUUCUCAUAUACCAGAUCUUUCACUGGAGGAAGCAUACAAAAUUCAGAAGGAUUAUAAAGAAAUGAAGAAGAAUCAAGCUGUUAAGAAAGCCAACUCCAUCAAGUUCAGUGAAGAUGACAAGAGUCGUUUAGCGACUCCUACGUUAGAUGACGAAUCAUUUAUUCCCUUUAAUGCAGUACUGCUCAAAGAUGUUUUCUUUGGUGUUACUGUAAAUAGUAUGGAUGCUGCACUUUAUGAUUUAUGGACUUCAAUCAACUCCUUCGGCGAAAGAAGAUUUUCGUUGAUUCAAAAUGGAAAUGUUGAAUUUAUUAGUGAAAAUAUCUUCCUAUUUGUGUGCGACUGUAUAGGCACCGAUGCCGAUAAGGAGACCAAAUUCGAACUUGAGAGACAAAUCAAGGAAUUAUCUACUCUCUUCAAUGAUAAAGUGAAGGAGAAGAACUUGGCAAUGAAGUGUAUACCAGCAAAAAUUGAUAAGGAGAAUAACGUAGUCCUAGAGAUCAUGACGGAGGAAGAACCCAUCACCCCUACUGAAUUGGAGGACACUGUUUCUGCUGUUGACGAUAUAAGUAAAGAAUUAGAAUCUGUUAGCAUUGAGGAAUCUACGGUUUCUUCCGAAUGGUGGUAA